UCAUGCAGUCGCCCUCAGGUAUGUGAUAUUGUCAGCGGGCUUUUCCGCUUAUAUAGUUCAGAGCAACAACUUGAGAGCACAAGUAAUGGCGAAUUGUUUCAUUAUCUCUUUUUCUUUACAUGUUCCGAACACAACGAGUGUUGUAAACUUAAAAUAAACAAAAAACAGAUUAGAUUACUUCCGUUAGUACGGUCAAUAACAUUUACGUCAGAUCCAGGCGUCGGCUUCAUUUAUAGUCACCCAUACAGUGUUGCCAAAAUUUGUAAAAAGAGCCAAGUGCAAGCAUAAAGCAGCAGCGUUAAUGUGAACACUCCACGACAAUUUUGGCGUACAUCUGCAACGUCCUUCAACUUUCGAGAAGUGAAUCAUCAACUAGAUAGUAGACACUGGUGGACGUUCUGCCGGUAAAAAGUGUUUUCAGUAAAUACAUUCAUUUACAUUGAUAUACGAUAUCGUGUUGUGUGAUGUAGUUCACCUCUAUUUACAGUUUCAUACAGUUUUAUUUGCUCCUAAUAUUUUUGACUGGUGAACAAAGAAGUCAAGAAUCACAAAAGAAAAGAAGUCAGAAGCCGAUUUCUUUUAAAACCACGACUUUUUGUGUAUGUAUAGAAGUGAACUCUCCUCAGCUUUUCAUUGAGCAAUGAACAUGGAGUAUACAGAUGUCUAGAUGAUAAUCAAGUAGUGCGUCCAUAAUAAUAGUCUUUUGCAAUCACGCAUGAAUUCUAAAAAAAUCAUACAAAUUAUUACAGAACCUAAAACGAAAUGGAAAGUAGUAGUAGUGUCAACGAUACAGCAUCGAAUAUGAUAAACUUGAAUGCAACGUUAACUGAAUUUGACGUUAAUGUCUUACAUUCAAUAAGCACUGCAGGUAUCGAUACUUACAUUAGAGGAUUGCGAAAUUCUUGUUCUGGGCCAUCAGAUGAUAAGGAACAUGACACCUCAGAAGUAACAGAUAAUAUGCAAAGAACUGCACAAGAUAGCUUUGUUAUCUCAAUGACAAAUAGUAAUUUUAAUGCUGUCUAAAAUACAUCAAAUUCUAAUCAGGAUGUUCGAUUAGAUUCAAAUGGCAGAGAUAGAAGUUAUCGAGCAGUACUGUGAUCCGAAGGAUAUAAAAGAACGAAUAGCCGCCGAGCCGAUCGUGAGAAAAACUCAUCCUGUGGUGUGUACACAGGCAAAUCGCAAUUAUACUAGACCUUAUAAAGAUCUAUCAAAUUCCGAUUCUUCAUGGGAGAAUGAGGAAACUAGUGAUAAACUUUCGAAUUGCGGAAAGAGAAAAAAGACUUCUUACGAUAUUUCUUCAGAAUCUCGAAAUUUUGGUGUUCAAGUGUUGGGUGCAGAAUGGGAUAGUACAGAGUCAGGUGAUCUGGUCAUUAAUGAGGGGACCAUACCAGAGGUACUCCUGCUAAAGCACCUGAUCAUCUCGCAUUUGGACUGUUUGUCAACGGAUAGUCUGCCUUCUACAUACCUUUCGCCCUACUACUACGGGGAUCUAUUUAAAACAUCGACGACAGACUACCAUCAAGUGGUGCAUAAACAACAGGAUCAGCAACAACAAUGGAAGCAUCAGCAGAAAUCGCUGCUGCCACAGUCCUCUUGUCAUAACCAGUCGCUGAUCAAAUGUCGCAAAACUUGGAACUCUGGAGAACCGACUAAACGCACUGACCUUAUUUCUUAUCGGAAGUCACCGAUCAAAAAUCAGAUCAAGCCUAUUUUAUCGAAUUGCCUUAUAGAUGAAUGGAAUCACACGUUUAUGACAGCUCACCGGUUCCACGGUCAUGAGUUACCCAAUACUUGCACGUAUCUUGCUACAGCCGAAGAGAAAAACCAAGACUCGCUUGAGUUGCCACCACCUCCUUGUCCCUCUGAGCCAUUCCAGUCCAGACUGCACUUUAAGGCCAGCCACAAGGUACACAAGUUGAGGCGUUCGCGGAGGAGAAAGCCACAACCGAUAGCGCAUGAGGACGACUGGAACGAGACUGAAUUUGAAGACGAAAACGAGACUGAAGAGGACGACGAGGAGAUGUCCCGUCAGCAUCAAAUCUAUGAAACAGCAUUUGACUGUAAGAUCAGAAGAUCCGUUGAUAAUAUAGACGAUCUUGAUCGAAUAACAAACCAUUCACUUUUGAUCUCGCAACUAAAAAACUGUUCGACUACACCGCUCUCUCGAGCAAGUUCAUCAACUGGAUUAUCUAAGCAGUCACAGCUGAUGAUCAAUCACUCUUUAAAAGAACAUCGUCACAAGAGUUUCGGUUUCCGAUCGAAAAAAUCAAAUCGCGUCAAUUGGCAUCAAGAACAAGUCCUUUCGAACCAGUUAUUGCGCGACUCGAUGGACAGCACAUACAGUCUUUCACAAAAUAUCAAAUCCCUCCAAAUCAACUCGAACCAUGAAAAAAAUGCAUCGAGUUGCAGUUAUGCGGACUCACCACCCUCAACGAGGCCACUGCCAGUUAAAUUUCAGGACCAUGACCAGUUAAUACUCCAGUUGCUAAAAGCGUCGAACGUUUCGAGUCAACAACAUCGGAAAUUGGAACAGUUUUAUUCUAAAGAUGUACAUCUACCCCUAAAGUCGCUUCGGAAUAACCAACCCUCGACGAUAUUCCUGGCUGAAAGUACCGAUUAUAAGAUUAAAAGUCUGCCUAAAAGCUAUCCUCUGGAGUCAAAUAAAUCGAUCUUAGAGUUUAGGAGUAAACCUACAUCAAGUGGCGCUGGUGAAACUCAGUCACAACAGCAACGAUCCAGACAACGUAGUCUCGCUCGAGAAAAGAGACCUGUUCAAGAAUUUAAAGGCAGGCCCUACGAAUCCGAAAAUCCAAUAACAAGGGAAAGUCAUCAACAGAUUAAUCACUUGGACUUGAACGAGCGAGAUAAUGUAAGACGUAGAAUCGGCUAUUGCAGUACAGAGAGCAUGGCCAUGAGUAGCAGUGAUGGCAGCAUGGAGUCAUUGCGCAGCAGCACUAGUGAGGACAAUCGUUCAACUAGUAGUAGCGAAAACGCUCACAGUAGUAGUCUUAGUUCUCAUAGCUCUGACAGUGGACGUGCCGGGUGUAUUCAGAAUAAACCGCAGUUAAAAUUAGUGGAACCAAAUCUUGUAGGCUUUCCCGGACAUCACGCGCCCAAGCGCCAUAUUUUAUCACCCAUCAGUGAUAAAUCUUCGCAGGAACCAUCCAACGAAACUUCCAACAAUAAUCGUAAUAAUAAUUCACGAAAAUCAUCUUCUGAAGAUUGCCAGAUGAGCCUUAACAUUAAUCCCACCACCACGCCCAUCGAGUAUUCCUUCAAAAAACGUCGUACUCCACAGAAUAAAAACCUCAUCAAUUUUGCAUUGAAAUCGUCGUCGUCGGGGGAUACUGAAAUUCAUGGAUCCGACAGCGGUAUUUCUAUCGAGUCGAAAGCUGGCAUCAAAUGCAGAUCGCUCAACUUCCACUCCUUCAAGCAGCAGCCUAAUCAACAGUCAAGCCAAUUAACGGUCCAACAACAAGCAUUCAACGAUCUUAAGCAAUCAGCAUUGGAUAGUGAGAUGGAUCUUAUGGACUUGCCUUUUGAUAUGCCUAAACUCAGACGCCGAAAAAUGUUCAUUCAGCAACAACAAGAUGCUGCAACCUCAGGCAGUGCAACUAGUAUUAAUUUUAAAGAUUUGCCCUUUGACUUGCCUAAACUUAAGAGGCGCAUCAGGUGUUUACAGAACACGGAUUUAACUAUUUCAGAAGUCUCGACCAAUCAGCCUAUCAAAGGAACCGAUGCUCCCCACCUAUUUGGUGGCAGCCUGGGUCGAGCAAAAAUGACGCUGAAUCUUAGUGGCAGUGAACAUAAUGGACUUGAUCUAGGUACAAUAAGCGAGGUUCCGUCAGAACAAUUACAAAAGCCUGCAGCCCUCUAUCUAGGACUAUCACUUGAAUUGUCUACUUCACGAGGAUUGGCCGAUCUUAUUGACGUGGAUCUACCGCUUGAAAGACAAGGCUGGUACCACGGCUCUAUCACAAGGAUUGAAGCAGAAGCUAUAUUGCGGUUACUAAGAGAAGGAAGUUACUUAGUGAGGAAUAGCGAAUCUACCAAACAAGAUUAUUCACUAUCUUUAAAAAAUUCCGAAGUCUGAAACAUUGAAAAUAAAUCAUAAGCCUGCACCAAUAAUCAAGCAAAAAAAUUUAUUGCAUAAGGAUCAAAUACUAAAAACGGUAGCGGACAAACUUCUAAAUAAUAUCAUAGUACCGACAGAUAAAUUAGUUGAAACUAAAAACAAUAGUCGUUAACUGUACAAAAAAAGAGGAUAUUAAUAUUGUUGAACAUCAUUUGAAUAUUGAAUUUGGUAAGGAUUAUAAUAUACUACAGAAUAAUUUAACGGAACCAAGACUGAAAAUUUUAA